AUGAAUUUUAAAAAUUCAAAAAAAUUUAUUAAUAAAAAAUGUUAUAUUUCUAAUAAUGCAACCAUUUACAACUUUCAUAAGACAAGAUUUUCGUUUCAUCGAAAUGAUUAUACUCAAAUCCAAAUUAGGACUCGUAAAACAAAAUCAAAUAAUAAUUCGUUAUAUUCAAAACUAUCUGGCUCUGGCCAAACUCCUAUAUUUAAAUAUUUUACCGAUCAUAUUUUGCCACAAAUCAAAUCCAGUAAAAUAGUACAACGUACCUUAGAAUUAACAAGGCCGAUAGAAUGGAAUGAACAGUUGUUCAAGGAAAUUUUGGCUAGUUUUAAGAAGACAAAACAACUGAAACAAUUGAAAAAUUCCAGUAUUGAGAUUGGUAUUGAAUUACCAGAUCAUAAUGCAGUAGUAAAAAAUUUUGUUGAAACAAUUAGUAAAGGUGAAUUGGAUGGGUGUAAAAGUGAACAAUUAAAAGAAAUAUUUAUAGAAAAUGGUAAGGUGGGAGUAGAGAAAACGUUGAAAUCUGCAUUUUUGGAAUUUUCACAAGAUUACAUGUCGAAUGAACACAAGCAAAGAUACAACUCAUUGAAACAAUUAAGUGAUUUAAGUACGCCUAUAGAAUGGCACCCAGAGGCUAGGAGUAUGCAACGCAAAAUAAUAUUACACGUUGGACCUACAAAUUCAGGAAAAACAUAUAAUGCAUUAAAAUGUCUGGAGACAGCUAAAUCUGGAAUUUAUUGUGGGCCAUUAAGAUUACUUGCUAAUGAGAUCUUUGAUCGUAUGAAUAAUAAUGGAAUACCGUGUAAUUUAGUUACUGGCGAAGAAAGAAAAGAGUUGGAUGGAAUUUAUGUACCAUUGACUUCUUCAACUGUAGAAAUGGCUAAUUUAAAUAGACAAUUGGAUGUUGCUCCUAAAAGAAAAAUUAGGAUGUGCAAAGAAUUAGCAGCAGCAAAAAAGAAAAAAAAAGAUAAUGAAGAAGAUUCUACAGUCCUUGAAAUUUUUGAAAGUGCAGAGGAAAAUGAAGGAAGCUCUACAGUUCUUGAAACCUUUGAAAAUGCAGAGGAAAAUACAAAUGUUGAAGAAGAAUCUGCAGAUGAUGAAAUUGAAGAAAGUCAUAUUUUCUUUGAAGAUACUGAGGAUGUAGGAAUGAAUAUGGAGAGGAAUUUGCAAAUGUUGAAGAUGAAGGUUUUUUGUGGUUUGACAGUGAAAUAA